UUUUAUAAAGAUAAAUUUACAGAAAUUACAUCAAAUCAGUUGUAAGCCAAUCAAAACGUGGCAAUAUUUUAUGAAAUGUAGUAAUUGGUAGUACUUGAUGGCGUGAAUUAAAAUACCAUCGUAUUCAUUCAUAAAAUUUUUUCUGGCUUUAAUUCUGACUUCAGUACAUAGGCAAGUUGUAUUUAAAAUAUGUUAUAGAUUCUUUUGAAAAUUGGUUAUUCUUCAAAGGUAUUCAUUUAUGAAGAGAUGACAGAAUAUAUAUUAGAUUCUGAAAGCUGGAAAUUGGAAGCAGAGGCAAUUAUUAAUGAUGUCAAAGCCCAUGUGAACCAAAUUAAUAUAUCUGAGAAAAUUCCCAGUUCCAAUAGCUGUAUUUACAUGAAUCUACGCACAAAAGAGGAAAAAAAGUUUUGCAUUCAAUUAUCAAGUGAAGGAUUUAAGAUAGUUGGUUUAGAUUGGGAUGAAAAUAAUUUGGAUAGUGAACAAUUUUUUGAAACGCCAUAUAGUUUAUUAAAUUCAGUGAGCCCCAGUUUUUCUUCCUCGUUCGCUAGUGCUGUAUGUGACAAACUAAAUCAUAUGUGUUGAAAAAAAAACUCCACUUAACCUUAAUUUAGAAUUUCAUUAUAGUCUAUCGUGUGUUGCUAACUUAAUAAUGUCGAAAACAAUGAGUGACAAGUGACAUUUGUAAAUCUGUGGAGGAUGAAUUUUUAUUUAUUUAAUUUAAAGGUAAAGUGACUCACAAGUUCCUAUGAAUAAAAUUGUUGUAAGUGGAUUAUUAUGUUCGGUUAAAAUUAUUCACAAGCUUUAUAAAAUAUCUAUAAUGUGAAAUCGCAUAGUUCACAAAAGGCAGAAUCAUGAAUAGUAAUUAGGUAAGGGCAGUCAUUUCAAUAUUUACCGAAAAAAUCAUUAUAUUUAUAACUAUGUAUUUCUAUUUUAAUUUUCUUCUCCUAUUCAUUCUAACAAUUGCCUGUUGCCUCAUAUUCAUAAGCAUGCUUAAUCUACUUUUUUUUCCAAUUCAGUAUGAUAAUGAUAUUAAAAACAUCUUCAAACUUGUCUUGGUUGGUUUUAUAACCGUUAUAUUGGAUCUGUUGUGUAUACAUUUUUUAUAUAUUGUCUAUGUAAGGCUAAGAACAGUAGUGGAUCUAAUAUGUCAUUUUUUGUAGGCUCUUUUCUAUAAGAAAAUUAUUUUGUUUUCCCACUUCUUUUUUCUUUACUAUUUAUGGAUAAUUCAUUUUUGCUUUUAUAGUUUUUGUAUUUACCUAAGUGAUAUGUAAUCAAUCACAUAUUUUCUCUUUGUUUUGUAUCAAAAGCAAAGAACCAUUAGAACCAAGUACCUAUACUCUUUUUCUUUCUUUAUCCAGUUUACAAUCCUCACUAUCAUCUGGUCUUUUAUCAUUUUUGUUCUUAUUACUUUUUGUGUCCUACAAAUUUUGUACUUCUCCCCUGUAAAAUGAUUAUUUUAUAUACUUUGUAUUUUUUUCAUUCCCUUCUUGAAUUUUGUCACAGACACUUUCCCAAUAUGAUUGCUAUUUAUUUCUAUUUGUGGUCAUCUUCCUUCUGCAUAUUCGAUCAUAAUUUUUAAAGUUGAUUUCUGUAUAUUGCAUCUUUUUAAUCUAUCUUAAUAGUAUUAUUUUUUCCAAUAUGUCUUUUUUACUGAUUUUAAGUUAUUGUUUUUACAUUUAUUGCUUAUUUUCUCAAUAAAAUCCUUCUUGAAAAUUCUUGUUUUGCAAUAAAAUGUUUGCUUGACAAUAAUAUUACUAAAAUGAAUUGUAAAUGUUCAUUUUUCUCAAUAGUCUUAAUAACACAGUUCAUUAUCAUUUGGAACUGUUUACAGUCAAAGUUUAUCAGUAUAAUUUAAUUGUUAAAUCAACAAAAAAUCUUGUUUCGCCAUAAUGAUCUCUUUCAAUGACUAGAGACAAAUAUCAAUUAUACUUAUUUGUCUCAUAGGCGCCACAAAACAUUCAAACUUAUUUUUACAAGGGAUUCUAUUUUUAACGCUUAAUUUAGAAUUGCAAUAGUUUUUUGUGUUAAAAAUUAUUGUUUCUGAAUGUGCUUAAAAAAACAGAAGCAGUUGUUUUACUUCUUCCCUAUUGUAAACAAGCAUAAAAAUAGUGGUUACUGAUCAUAACAAAGUAUUGUUGUUAAAUUUUAUUUGUCGUGUCAUGUAGCAAUGAAAGUAGCUUUUACCUUUGGGUGAUAUUUUUUAAUAUUUAGAGAAGGAGGAAUCACAUGUAUGCACCCCCUAGACUCUAAUGUGACAAAAUAUGUUCAUGGUUUUAAUCGUUGAAUGUUAUCUUUUAAUAUAUUUAAAAUAAAACUUGUUUUAACUA